AUGCUUCGAAUUAAACUGGAAGCGGUCACGGCUUUGGGCGCGUGGGCGAUUGCCUCAGCCUGCGAGACUGUGCCAAUGUCUAGCCUUUGGAAUAGAGGACUCUGCCCACGAUCAAAUGAUGUGGAGGAUCUUGGGAUCAAGCUUUCGCCCACUGCCAAGGUCUAUUGCCCAGGUUCGGAGGACUUCGACGUGGCAUCAACCCGGUGGUCUGUCUUAGACGCUCCCAAAGUUAAUAUCGUCGUAGUGCCGGGCACGGAAAACGAUGUGGUCGAGACGGUCAAGUUCGCGAAUGAGAAGGAGUUGCCCUUCCUUGCGUACAAUGGUGCCCAUGGUGCAAUUACGACUCUUGGUAAGAUGGACCAUGGCAUUGAAAUCUUCCUGGACCAACUGAACACCAUCGAAAUCUCGAAGGAUGGGAGUACCGCAAAGAUUGGUGGUGGAACUAAGUCUAAAGCCGUCAUCGAUCAGCUCUGGGCAGCAGGAAAGCAGACAGUGAGUGGUACAUGCGAAUGUGUGAGCUUCCUAGGGCCUGCACUCGGCGGAGGCCAUGGGUGGCUGCAGGGGCACCACGGUCUCGUCGCGGAUCAGUUCGUUUCUAUGAAUGUCGUACUCGCAGACGGGAGCUUUAAAGUACUCGAUAAAACGUCCGAUCUCUGGUGGGCGAUGAAUGGUGCUGGUCAUAACUUCGGUAUCGUAACCUCCGUUACUACUAAGCUGUAUGACAUCGUCCACCACAACUGGGCAAUCGAAACUCUCACAUUCAGUGGGGAUAAAGUGGAGGCUGUGUAUCAAGCCGCCAACGACUAUCUCCUGAAGAACGGCACCCAACCUGAGGGUGUUAUCAAUUGGUCUUACUGGUUGAAUAACCCGGGCACCGACCCUGAAAAUCCUGUCAUCUUAUUCUACAUCAUUCAAGAGGGGGUGAAAGCAGUCGAUUCAGCUUACACAAAGCCUUUCCGCGAUAUUGGUCCAAUCUCCAAAGAGCCAAAGGGAGGAAGCUACACCGACCUUGCUGAGUGGACCGGCAUCUCCCUGUCAUCUCCGCCAUGCCAAAAGGCCGGUCUUGUCAACCCCCGGUUCCCCAACUAUCUCGAAGAAUACAAUGUCCCCGCUCAAAAGAAGGCAUAUGAGAUUUUCGCAAACGCAAUCCGUGGAAGCUCGCCAUUCAACAACUCGAUCUUCAUGUUCGAAGGGUAUUCUAUGCAAGGAGUAAAAGCAAUCGACAGCAAAUCUAGUGCAUUCGCAUUUCGAGGCGAAAAUAUUCUCUCCGCUCCACUCAUCACCUAUGCGCCCGCCGGCCCGGAACUUGAUGAGAAGGCCGCCCAGUUAGGUAACGAACUUCGCGAAAUUCUCCACAAGGCCAGUGGGCGGCCCGAGGUGCGCGCGUAUGUCAACUAUGCCUAUGGUGACGAAACACCGCAACAAUGGUAUGGAAGUGAGAAGUGGCGCCAGGACCGCCUGCAGGCCUUGAAGGAGAAGUAUGAUCCAGCGGGCAAGUUUAGCUUCUUCGCUCCAAUUGCAUAAGCACGCAAUGACUAUCGAGAACCCCGGUCUCUAUCCAGUUGGGCUGAUGUUGAUCGUGUAGCCUUUCGGCAUUGUGCACGCUGUCGAUCUUCCUGUAAAUAUUAUCGGUCUCACGGACACGCUCUACCUAGCUUAAUAUAUCCGGUUUGGGAUGGAGUAUUCAAGGCACGAACUUAGUGUCAUAUAGUGUUUUGGUCGAGUGGGAUUGACAUAUCCUCUAUAUGG